AUGAAGCUUUCACUCGCCCUCGCUGGCGGCUCCCUCUUGCUGGGACGUGCUCUGGCCGAUCUGCCUACCAUCGAGACCAAAGGCUCCAAAUUCUUCUAUUCCAACAACGGCACUGAGUUCUUCAUUCGUGGUGUUGCCUAUCAGCAGGAUUACUCCACCAACAGCACUAGCGAGAACGACAAGUAUAUCGACCCUCUUGCCAAUUCUGCUAGCUGCAAGCGUGACAUUCCGUACCUGAAAGAGCUCCGCACCAAUGUCAUCCGGACCUACGCUAUCGAUCCCUCCAAGAACCAUGAUGAGUGCAUGAACGCCUUGGCUGAUGCCGGUAUCUACCUCAUCACUGAUCUAUCAUCCCCGCACGAGUCCAUCAACCGCAAUGAGCCCAAGUGGGAUACGGAUCUCUUCUCGCGGUACGCCAAGGUCGUCGACUCGUUGGCCAAGUACCCCAACGUCAUUGGCUUCUUUGCCGGAAACGAGGUUGCCAAUGACAAGAACAACACCAACUCGAUUGCCUACGUUAAAAGUGCUGUCCGCGAUAUGAAGGCCUACAUCAAGGAGAAGGGCUACCGUGAGUCGCUGGCUGUGGGAUACGCCACCGAUGAUGAUGCCUCUAUCCGUGCCGAUUUGGCCGACUACCUGACCUGCGGUGACAAGGACUCCUCCAUUGAUAUGUUUGGAUAUAACAUUUAUGAAUGGUGCGGUGAGUCCUCUUUCGAGGAGUCCGGAUACAGUGAGCGGACCAAGGAGUUCAAAGACUACCCUGUUCCUGCCUUUUUCUCUGAAUACGGCUGUAUCCACCCGCGUCCUCGCAAGUUCUCGGAUGUUCCUGUCCUCUUUGGCGACAAGAUGAAUGGUGUCUGGAGCGGUGGUAUUGUCUACAUGUACUUCCAGGAAACCAAUGACUACGGUCUGGUGUCGGUCGACGGCGACAAGGUCAGCAAGAUGGAGGACUUUAACUAUCUCUCCUCCCAGAUGGCCAAGGUGAACCCGACCGGUACCAAGAGUGCCGACUACAAGCCUGAGAACACUGCUCGCUCCUGCCCUUCUGUCGGCAAGGAAUGGGAGGCUGCCAAGGAGCUGCCGCCGACUCCAAACCCGGAGCUGUGCUCUUGCAUGGUCGACUCUCUGUCUUGCGUUCUCAAGGACUCCGUUAACGAGAAGGACAUGGGUGAGCUCUUUGGCGUGGUUUGCGGUUCCGAGGGCGUGUGCGAUGGCAUUGCUUCCAACUCUACCACUGGCACCUACGGCGCCUACAGUGUUUGCAGCCCCAAGCAGAAACUUUCCUUCGUCAUGGACCAGUACUACAAGAAGCAAAACAAGAAAUCCACCGCUUGUGACUUCUCCGGCGCCGCUCGUGUGCAAGAUUCCUCCAACCCCAAGGGCACUUGUUCUGCUCUGAUCAAGCAGGCUGGAGCUGACGGCACGGGCUCAGUCACCUCUAUCCCGACUAACGUCGCUGGUGCCAGCGCCAGUUCGACUUCAGAGGGUGCUGCCGGCGCUUUGGUGACUCCUACUGCCGUCACUGUUGGCGCUUGGCAGUUCGGAGCUUACAUGGCCACGGCUAUUAUUGCAGGUGCCGGAAUGAUCCUGCUGUAA